AUGGAGGGGACGCCCAUUGUCCUGGACAAUGGUUCUGGAACCAUCAAGGUGGGCUUUGCUGGAGAGUGUGAACCAAGGGUGGUUCACGAUAACGUGUUCACCGCGUUGCGGGUUUCUCGACAUGUUCCACACGAGGGUGCGGCCAAGGCACUACAAUCCAACCAUGCCAGGUUUCAUGUUGUGGACCAUGGGAUUGUGUCUCAGUGGGAAGGUCUGUUGGAAGUCAUCGAGGCCGCCAUGGACGAGCUGAAGGUGCAGCCCCAAAAUCAUCCAUUUCUCCUGACAGAGGCACCUCUGAAUCCAACCGUUCACCGCGAGCUGCUGGUCAUCCAGGUGGCGGUCAGAGACAAGGCGACCUUGACAGUCUUGAAGGUGAGCGUGACGGGCGGGCUGACACGUGGAGCUUGGAGGACGAAUGGACCCAGGGCUGGCGCCAGGGGAGCCAGUUCGCAACAUGGUGGGAGGGAAAGGCCGUUCUGGAGAUUGCUCCGAAACGCGGGGCGCCAUGUGCUAAGCCGCCGCAGAUCGGAAGAUCGAGGUCAAUGA